AUGACAGCUCCCAGUACAGCAUCAUCGGCAUCGGCCCCCAAGAGCGGCAGCAGCAGCGGCGGCGGCGGCAAUAAACCACCCAACCCAACCGAUGUCAACCAUGUGUGGGAAUCCCAUGACUCUCAAGCUGCUUGGCAGAAUGCUGUCCGUGAAGAUGAUGACGGGAAUCUCAUUGUAGAAGGCGAGGGCUCUGUGGCGGAUGCCAUUCGACGCCGACGCAAGCGACUGGAACAAAAUGAUUAUGCUCAACGCAACCGAAGGGUUGUACGAGAUAUGAUUCGAUAUCUAUAUGUCCUCAUUGAUGCCAGUCGCUGGAUGCGUGUCAAGGAUCCAGUCUUUCCAGGAGGUACUCGGCUGGAUGUUACCAUUGAAAUUCUACAAAACUUUGUCCAAGAGUACUAUGAUCAAAAUCCAUUGUCACAUCUUGGGUUUAUUCUUAUUAAGAACGGCGAGGCAGAAAUAUUGACGCAACUGAGCAGUUCGUCCAAAGCACACAAAUUGGCGUUGCAAUCUGUGGCACAAAUGGCAGCUUCCGAGGGUCCCACGGGAGGUGGCGAAUUCUCCCUCCAGAAUGGAAUUGAAGUGGCUGGAAGGUCACUGGGCCAUCAACCAAGACACGGAUCAAGAGAAAUUGUCAUUCUAGUUGGUGCCCUAUCCACGUGUGAUCCAGGAUACCUACUCACCGAAACACUACCUCGGUUGAAGACGGCCAAAGUGAGGGUAUCUACCAUGGCAAUCAGCGCCGAAAUGCACAUUUGUAGAAAAUUGGCCGAGGAAACUACGGGGGUGGUGGGGGUGAGCUUGGAUAAGGCUCAUUUCCGCGAUUGGCUGUUGGGACAGUGUGUCCCUCCGCCAACUAUGACUGACCCAGAACGACAAGAUUUCGCCUGUGAUAUGGUUCAGAUGGGAUUUCCCACACGAACAUCGUCGGAAGUGCCUACUCUAGUCCAUGCCACUCAAGAUACGACCUUGUUGGCAAGAACGGCUUAUACGUGCCCACAGUGUCAGGCUAAGCUUUCUGAAUUGCCAGCCGAUUGUGCUGUAUGUGGCUUGAAACUGGUCCUAUCUCCGCAUCUGGCUCGAUCGUUCCAUCACUUAUUCCCCGUCGCGCCCUUCUCGGAAAUCUCUUUGGGGGCAUCGGAAAUACGAAAAGCGGCUCUCAGUAGCGAGGUGCCCUCGGCGACACCGUCUGGAAGAGUUUUUAAUCAAGGUGGAAUAGUGCUUGACUCGUCCCUGUCAACUUCUCCCGAAGUCAACUGUUUCGCCUGCCUACGAGCUUUUGGAGGGGGGGAGGAAACCAAUGAUGCAGUGUCGUCUGCCAAAGUGAAAAAGGAUGAGGUGGAUGAGACUCUGAGGUUCCAGUGCCCGGAAUGUCUCAACUUCUUUUGUGCUGACUGUGAUGCCUACAUGCAUGAAUCACUCCACAACUGCCCAGGAUGUUUGUGUCGCUAG